UUCUCCUUGUCAUUUGGCUUCAGUAGAUUGUGCCGUGGAAAGAGAAGGACAGCAGCGGCAGCGCAGCGAAGGGAGCAGCAGUGCGCUGGUGAAAAAAAAAAAGACAAGAGAAACGAAAAUUUAACAAUGAAAUGGACGCAUGAACGCAUUGCAGUUCACCAGUAACCAAACUAGUCUUUUUAUAUUGAAGUCAAUGACAUAGAAUCGUCUGAGCAAGUGAUUUAAAGGUUAGCAGCUGGCUAAAGCGAGGCAGGGCUGUGUCAUUGAGAAGGCAGGACACGUCAAGACGAGGAAGGGAGAAAAAAUAGACACUCCUGUCGGAUUCAAGAUCCCCACUUCAUAGUAUCAGAUCAGCAGUUUAUUCGAGCUUCUGCGUUAGUUUGCGUUGUGAUAAUAUCUGGAACGAGUGUCUGUCCUCAGUCAUCGCUUGGAUCAGCUACGAAGGGCUUAGGGAGUAAGAAUAACUGUGUUGGAGCCAGGUUGAACUGGAGAACAUAAAUGGGGGAUUACGGGUUUGGAGUCUUAGUGCAGAACAACACUGGCAACAAGUCUGCUUUCCCAGUACGAAUCCACCCUCACCUGCAAGCACCACACCACCACCAGAAUGCGACCGCCAGCCCCGCCGCUUUCAUAAACAGCACCCCGGCUGGAAAUGGCAGCAGCAGUGGUUCGACCUGGCUGUUCCCGGCGACCGGUGCUCACAGCAACAUGCAAGAUGAAAUUCUGGGCUCCGAGAAGCCCAAAGCCCAGCAGCAGGAGCUGCAAGAGACCCAAGAGAAGCAGCAGCAACAACUCUCCCCUGGACACCAGGAGAGCGGAAUCAUCUCUGAGCUGGAAAAGGCUCGUGCCGAAGAGAGUAAAGUGGAGAGCGGGUCAUCCGACGGGACCAGCGGCAAGGAGAAGCUGCGUUUGGAGUCCCCCGUGCUGACGCCCUUUGACUAUCAGGAGCCUUCGGGACUGGGCACAGUUGCUCAGUCCAGCACCUCCUCCUCCCUGACCAGCUUCAACAACUGGUCGGCUGCUAUCCCUGCCACCCCGUCCACCAUCAUCAACGAGGACAUCAGCUUCUUCAACCCGGCCGCCUCGGCCAACAAUGGCCCUCUGCUGUUCCAGAAUUUCUCCCACCACGUCAGUCCAGGCUUCGGGGGCAACUUCUCCCCUCAGAUUGGUCCCAUCUCCCAGCACCACCCACCUCACCCCCACUUCCAGCACCCUCACAGCCAGCACCAGCAGCAUCGUCGUUCUCCGGCCAGUCCCCAUCAGCCGCCGUUCCCCCACCGCAGUGCCCCCUUCGGCCAGCUGCCGCAUCUCUCCAACAACCUGAGCAAGCCUCCCUCACCCUGGGGCAGCUACCAGAACCCUUCGCCCUCUCCUUCUUCCACUUCGUGGAGCCCAGGUGGGGGUUACGGUGGUUGGGGUGGCUCCCAGGGCCGUGAGUACCGCCGUGGCUUGAAUGGCGGCAUGACUCCUCUCAACUCCAUUUCCCCGCUGAAGAAGACCUUCCCCAACAACCACAUGCCCCAGCAGAAGUAUUCCCGCACCAGCCCCGGCUUCAACCCUAAGUCCUGGAUGGAUGACAGCAGGAGCGAGAACGUCUUCCCUUUCCAGGACCGUCCCCGUUCAUUUGAUGGCUUCAACAUGCAUUCUCUGGAGAACUCCCUGAUUGACAUCAUGAGGGCCGAGCAAGACACUCUGAAAGGUCGCCUCGGAUUCACCCAUACAGGAGGAGACAGCCCCUUGCCCAUAAAUGCAAGGAAUUAUGGGAGGCGACGAGGACACUCAUCCCUGUUCCCGAUGGAAGAUGGCUUCCCAGACGAGGAGAGAGGCGAUCAGAGCCUGCCUGGCCUUGGUUCCUCCCACUGCUUCCCUCACCAGAACGGAGAGAGGGUGGAGCGCUAUUCUCGCAAAGUCUUUGUGGGUGGCCUCCCCCCUGAUAUAGACGAAGAUGAGAUAACAGCUAGUUUUCGCCGCUUCGGGCACCUGUUUGUGGACUGGCCUCACAAAGCAGAGAGCAAGUCAUACUUCCCCCCGAAAGGUUACGCUUUCCUCUUGUUUCAAGAUGAGAGCUCUGUUCAAGCCCUUAUCGAUGCCUGCAUCGAGGAGGACGGAAAGCUCUAUUUAUGUGUUUCCAGCCCCACCAUUAAAGACAAACCUGUCCAGAUUCGCCCUUGGAAUCUUAAUGAUAGUGAUUUUGUGAUGGAUGGAUCACAGCCCCUGGACCCGAGGAAGACCAUAUUUGUGGGUGGGGUGCCACGCCCUCUUCGUGCAGUGGAGCUGGCAAUGAUCAUGGACAGGCUGUAUGGUGGCGUGUGCUACGCAGGCAUCGACACAGACCCAGAGCUGAAGUACCCCAAGGGAGCAGGGCGGGUCGCCUUCUCUAAUCAGCAGAGCUACAUUGCUGCUAUCAGUGCUCGUUUUGUACAACUGCAGCAUGGAGAAAUCGAUAAACGGGUGGAAGUGAAGCCAUACGUCUUGGAUGACCAGCUGUGCGAUGAAUGUCAGGGGACUCGCUGCGGAGGCAAGUUCGCUCCUUUCUUCUGCGCUAACGUGACCUGUCUCCAGUAUUACUGUGAAUACUGCUGGGCGGCCAUCCACUCUCGCGCCGGCCGGGAGUUCCACAAGCCUCUGGUUAAGGAAGGCGGCGACAGACCUCGCCACAUCUCCUUCCGCUGGAACUAAAGCUGUCAUUUUAGGCACAUUUUUCACGAAAUGGAAAAAAAAAACCCUCCUUUUUGCAAUACCUCAAUUUUUCACAUUGUGAAAGGUAGCUUUUGUACUUUUGUUACUGAGAGAUCUGCAUAUAUGGAAAUUUUCAUUUUAAGAGAAAAAAAAAAGUUGCGUGAAUUUAAUAUAUAUUAUUUUCAAUUAUGCUUUUUAUACAUUUCAGUGCUGAGGACUCUUUACAACUAAGCACGCACUUGCUUGUGUUGACGCGACAAAUCUGCAGUGGAGAGAUCAAAGUGUAUUGCUUAAGGUCUUGGCUCUUGUACACUAGAUUUUAAUGGCAGCCCUAGAUUCGGAAAUGAUCUGACAGCAGCAUGGUAAGAACACGUUGUCGUUCAUGUUAAUAUUGCGCAAAAUGGCUAAAAGAGAACCUCGUCUUUUUGGUUUCCUCUCCAUAGCUGGAAUAUAAACUUAUAAUAUAAGGAGAAUGCUAAGUCUGGUUCAUGUUUAGGCUGAUCCUCGUAUCACAAGAAUGGAUGUUUGAUGUUUAGAUAUUUUAACAUUUGAAAAUAUAUAUUCUUGAACUGCCAACUAGUUCCUAUUGUAAUCCUUAGCAUGCAUGAUGAGAAAAAAAAAAAA